UAAAGAUAUAUCCUUGUAGAAAUAAUAAAAUCAUCCUAUAUAUUCUUCAUUGUUACUUACAAUUCAAUACCACGAUAUGUUCGAUAAAUUAAAAAUUAAAUCAAAGUCUUCCAAUAUCGCACCUGCAAACCCGGCUGCAACCCCAGGAAGUGGUCCUUCAAAGAAGCAGAUUUACCAAUCUAGAUCAAAUUUUGGGGUCAAUUUAGGUGGAUGCUUUGUUUUGGAAAAAUGGAUUUUCCAUAAAAUGUUCCCUGAAGGAACCGAUUGUGAAUUAGAUGCUGUUACUAAAUUGGUUAAAGAUUCAAAUACAGAUGAAACGAAAAAGAAGUUUGAAGAGUAUUGGUCAGGUUUCAUGAGUGAAGAUGACUGGAAAUGGUUACAAGAACAUAAGGUGACUUCCGUUAGAGUACCUCUUGGUUACUGGGACGUAAAUGGUGGGAAGUAUGCCAAGGGAACGAAAUUCGAAAAGUAUGCUACAACCGUGUAUCUGAAUGCAUGGGAUAUUUUCAAGAAGAAGUUCAUUGAACCAGCUGCUGCUCAUAAUAUUAGUGUCGUUGUAGACAUCCAUGGUCUCCCAGGAGGUGCCAAUGGAGCUGAUCAUAGUGGAGAAAAGUCAUCUGGUAAGGCAGAAUUCUGGCUGGAUCAAUCUGCCCAACUUACAAUGUGUGAUAUGUUUGAAUUCAUUGCCAAGGAUUUAAAGUCUUAUGAUAAUAUUGCAGGUCUUCAAAUUGUCAAUGAGGCUGAAUUUGCUAAUGACCCAGCAAAGGAACAGAGUAGAUUCUAUGGAGCCGCCCUUUCUCACAUUCGUAAGGAAGACAAGGAUAUUCCAGUAAUUAUUUCUGAUGGGUGGUGGCCAGGUCAAUGGGCCAAGUGGGUACAACUGAACCAAUCCGGUAAUGAAUCAAUUGGGGUAGUUGUAGACUCUCAUUGUUACAGAUGUUUCUCUGAUGAUGAUAAGAAGAAGUCUCCUCCACAAAUUAUCCAGGAUUUGGAUAGUGAUUUACUUACAAACAUCGAUAGAAAUGGAGUUGAUUUCAUGGUUGGUGAAUACUCAUGUGUUAUAGAUGGUGAGUCUUGGAACAAAGACAAUGCCAAUUCUAAGCGUGACGAAUUAGUUGUCGACUAUGGUAAACGUCAAAGUGAAAUCAUUGGGAGAAGAGCAGGUUUUGGAUCCUAUUUCUGGACCUUCAAGUUUGAAUCUGGUAAUGGAGGUGAAUGGGACUUCAAGACCAUGGUUGAUAAGGGUGCAAUUGUACCAACAACUAUUUUGAACGGUGUUCCAGAUCUGAGUAAAUUUGAUGAAAAAUUGGAAGGCAAUCUUCUGGCCCAUUCAGACUACUGGAAUGGACAAAAUUCAAAUGAGAAAUAUGAACACGAUAGAUAUAAAGAUGGUUUUACUACCGCCUGGAAGGAUUCAGAAGAAUUUGCCAAGUUUAAUGGAUCAACUAUUGGAAGAGAACAAGCCUGGAAGCUUGCAAGACGAGCAGAACACAUCAAGCAGAAGGGUGACCUGAAAUAUAUCUGGGAAUGGGAACAAGGUUUCGAUAAAGGAUUGGAGGAAUUCUUAGGAUAAGCGGUGAAGAUAAUUACAUAUUUAGCUACAAUUUAUGUCGUAUAUGGAUUCGUUAAUAUUUUUUUGUAUGUAUUUCAUUUAUCGUUCAUUACAAU